UGGCGCUGAUGAAAAUGGAUUCAAAUAUUCUCUGUAAAACAUGAAAGAUCCAUUCCCAUUACUUUCAUGGCCAACAAUUCCCAAGAGAUUUCUGGGGAGGACCCAUCGCCAACCAUUUUAUCACCAUUUUGCCCUUUCUAGAUCGCCUUCUCCAUCGCUACGUUACAUAAUUUAAGCUGGAAAAGGAAAAAACAAAUGGGCCGUAUGGGCGUAAAGCGGAAAUUUCUGUUGAGAACCGCAAUCCUUCAGGCGUACCUGACUCGCCUUUGGCACCAAAUCCUGGCUCGCCGCAUUCACAGCAAGGCCGCCGUCAAGUACCGCCAGCUCCCGCGCUGCUCCUCCACCGCUUCCGCGUCCUUUCCCUCCUCCGCCAUCUCUCUUCUGCCACCCGAUCUCGACGUCGAUUGCAGCUUUGCCGUUGGCACCUCGGCGCCGCCGUGUUUCGAUCUCCACAAGGACGCCUCCGAUUUGGUCUCCUUGAAGAUUAGCCUCUUAGGCGAUAUCCAAAUCGGCAAGACCAGUUUUCUGACCCAAUACGUGGGGAAAGAGAGAGCGAAAUUAUGGUCUUCAGGAACGGGACUAAAUCAGAUGGACAAGACAAUCAAUGUGAAAGGGGCUCAGAUUUCAUACAACAUUUGGGAAGUGGAAGGCACGGAUUUUUCUUCUCAGUAUCAUAUCCAUGCUGCCUGUAAUGACUCUGUGGCCAUGUUAUUCAUGUUUGAUCUCACCAGUAGAUGCACCCUGAAUAGUGUUCUGGGGUGGUACCAACAAGCCAGAAAAUGGAAUCAGGCAGCAAUUCCUGUCAUUAUAGGGACAAAGUUCGAUGAGUUUGUUGAACUGCCUUUGGAUUUGCAAUGGACAAUUGCUAGUGAGGCAAGAGCAUAUGCAAGGGCACUGAAUGCAACACUGUUCUUCUCAAGUGCAACAUACAACAUCAAUGUGAAUAAGGUCUUCAAGUUCAUCACAGCAAAGCUCUUCAACUUGCCAUGGAAGGUUGAAAGAAACCUGACUGUGGGAGAACCCAUGAUUGAUUACUAAAGUAUAUAUACACACAUUCAGAGUAGGACACCUCCAUCCACCAUAUAUUGUACAUUGGAUUUAUUUAAAAUCACAUAUGUAUAUUUUGAUUAGCUUCCUAGCAUAUUCAAUUAUUCAUAGUGCAUAUAAUUUACACAAGUCAACCGGUUGCUAGAUCAUCAGCUGUUAAUCAGUUGAUGUAGAAUAUAUAUAUAAAUAGAUCAAGUGACUCGGGUUGUUUUUCAAUCUAGCAUUCUUCUUUAGCGAGAUUACAUUGGAGGGAUAUAUGUAAUUUUAGUUUUGUAACUUUUGGUGGUUCUAUGAUUAAUCAUAUAAAACUUUAGUCACUUGUAAAUUUAAUCCUUUAACUAAUA